AUGUCGAACGCGAGUGUCGGACCAGUCUACGACUCCAUUAUCCAAGAUGUCAUCAGUGCCGUGAGGGUCGACUUCGAGGAGAGCGGCGUGGAUGAUGGUGUGCUGGAGGACCUGAAAAAGAGAUGGCAAAUGAAACUUUCGCAACUCAAUGUGGCCCAGUUUCCUUGGGACCCUAAGCCGGAGCCGCAACAAUCUACUCCGGCGCCCGCCGCUGCUCAGCCUGCACCAGCUCCUGUGCCGAACUACAACCAGGCCGUGAGCGCCCAGGCCGCACCGCCACCUCUCUCGCUCCCCAACUCGCAUGCGCAGAACCCUAAUGGCGUAGCUGUCAAACAAGAACCGGGCCUUGUCAAGGCUGAGCCCGGCAUCAAGCAGGAACCGGGGUCAGGCAGCGCUGGGUCCGCGCCAAUUCACCCGGCGUACAACCCUGCAGCUGCCGCUCGUGGAACUGCCGCUCAGCGUGCUGCCCAAGCCUUGGAGAACCAGUAUGGGCAGCGCGCUGCCGCAUCCAUCAACGCCAUUCACAACGGCAUGGCUUCGCAGAUAAAUCCGCCCCCUCAAGCGCAGCAGGGCCAGCGGCCGGGACAAGCGCCGCAACAUCUAAGCCCCCAGCAACAGUAUCGGCAGGGAGUGGUUAUGCAGCAGAGGAUGCAGCCCCAAGUUCCCAAUGCAGGCGCUCCGAACGGUCUUCCUGCGGCCCAGGUGGAUGGGCCAAGCGACGUUGUCGACCACGGGUUGCUGCAGGAUGCUGAUGGCUCUGGCCCGGCCGGAAUGAACCGUCACGAAAUUGACAACCAUCUUCAUGCCUUAAUUGCUGCGCGAGCUAAGCAGAUGGAGGGCGGUGGAUUGAUGCUUCCCCUCGAACAAGCGACCAGCCAACGCAGCCUUCCCGCCAAGAAGCGCAUGGCCGCAGCGACUGCGCAGUUUGACGGGCCGGACGAUGACAUCAAAGAUGAGGAUCUCGACGAGGAUGCUAUUAACUCUGAUCUCGAUGAUCCAGAUGAGGACCAGGAAGAGGACGAGGACGAGGACGAGACGAUGGGCCAUAUGAUGCUCUGCAUGUAUGACAAGGUGCAGCGCGUCAAGAACAAGUGGAAGUGCGUCCUCAAGGACGGCGUCCUUACCGUCAACGGCAAGGAAUACGUCUUCCACAAGGCCACGGGCGAGUAUGAGUGGUAA